CGGAAGCGCCGCGUUUCUCAGAGUUUGAAUGUCUUGUGUUGUGUGAGCGAGUGAGUUGAUUGUUGUGAGAAUGUUUGGUGACUGUUUGUUGUUUGUUUGUGUAUACUUCUGUUUUAAAAAACCUACACACUGAUCUUAUUUGAUCUGGUCUGAGUUUGGCUCUGCUCUGAUCGGAGAUGAUAGGAAAAGCGCCUGCAAGCUUUCGUAGCGAUGAGCAAGUCGGCGAGAUUCAACUUGUAGGGCCUCCACGCUUCGUGCUGUGGUCAGAGGUGAUGAAUUGAUCAGAUAUACUAGUUCUGGCUGAGCUUGGGUUCAUCUCGAGUUUCACAAUGGACAAUGAGUACAGAGGCGAUUCUGAUCUAACCACAGCCGAAAAGAAGGUGGAAAUCCUGGACGAGCGACGUCCAUAGACUGAAAGUGCGAACUACUCGGUUUAAGACGUGCAAACAUUUGCGUGUAACGUAGCUGCAAGUUUCGGAUAACAAAGGAUUGACCUAAUGUAAUUGCAUGAUGUUUGUUCACUUUGUAAUUUCUAAGAGAAAGAACUACAUAUAUCCAUGAAGACACAAAUAUCCGUCGUCAAUGUUGUAAUCACAGGGGCUGUAAUAUGUCCGUGUGUUUAAAUUUAAUAGUGUUCUUCCACGUGGACCUCAAACAAUACAUUCACUCCAUAUAGCACUCUCAAAAUCAGAAAGGCUUAAGCUAGAACUGUAUAACAAUGAAUGUUAUCAAGGUCCUUGCCUCUCUGGAGUAAUCCAUUUAUUUUAUUUUUUUUUAUAUUUAAAAAGAACAUACACAUGAAUGAAAGGACACUUAAGUGCAGGGGAUAUAUGUGUGUUGUAGGCUGUUGCUGUAAGAGAUGGACUUGGAAAAUAAUACAUAGUCCAUGGUCUGUGUAAUAAUGCGUUAUAAUACUUGCUGAUCCGAAGUUAAAAUGAAAGAACUGGUGAAAACUGCGUAUUGAGUUGAAUGUUUUUGCAGUUUGUACAAAUACUGGGUUAUACUGCAAGUAGUGAGAAUUAGUUGAUGCAUCUGAAAAUGGCAUCUUAAUAAAAACAUGGAGAUCGCACGUUCACUGCUGCCCUUUGUAUGACCAGCAGUCAGUGAAAUAUGCAGCAGUAUGCUAUAAAAUACUUCAAUGCUUCAGGAACCUACAGCCAGGCCUGAUUAACUGGAUACUAAAAGAGAACAUGAAUGAUUAAAGUGUUUGUCAUAUUAAGGUGUUUGUCAGUCCACAUUUUAUUAAUUUACAUGGCAUUUCCCUGCUAUCUAUCUAUCUAUCUAUCUAUCUAUCUAUCUAUCUAUCUAUCUAUCUAUCUAUCUAUCUAUCUAUCUAUCUAUCUAUCUAUCUAUCUAGCUACAUUUGUCUCGCGAUAUAAAACGAGAACUCAAGGAUGACAUCAACGUUUGUGUGGCAACGUGAUCCUUUUCGUCCAAUCAACUUUUAGCAACAACCCAGCAAAGCGCGCGAGAGGGCGAUCGACCCUCGGAGUACGUGCCCGUGCUCAGAGAAAGUAGUUGUUGUGCGUGUGUGUUGUUGUUGUUUUCUUUCUCGUCAAGAUGUCUGAGCACGUCAAGAAGCAACGGCUCAGUCAUGCUAACAGCAGCUCACAGACCAGGACCGGCCCGGGCCUGUUCCUGGGCACUCAGUCCGGCGGGGGGACAGAAGGAAGUGGUCUGUUUGUGAACGGGUCCAUUCUUCGUAUCACCAUGAAAAACUUCCUGACCUAUGACUUCUCUGAGGUGUGUCCCGGACCCAAUCUGAACAUGAUUGUUGGAGCCAAUGGAACUGGCAAGUCCAGCAUCGUCUGCGCGAUAUGUUUGGGUCUGGCCGGCAAGACCACUAUCCUGGGCAGAGGUGACAAGGUUGGACUCUAUGUCAAACGUGGAUGCAAUAAAGGCUUUAUUGAAAUUGAAUUGUACAAGCAUGGUGGUAAUAUAGUGAUUAAUAGAGAGAUCCAUGCGGACAAUCAGUCGCUGUGGAUGCUGAAUGGAAGACACUGCAACCAGAGGAUGGUGGAGGAGGAGGUCAAGGCUUUGUGCAUCCAAGUCAGCAACCUUUGCCAGUUUCUGCCUCAGGAAAAAGUGGGAGAGUUUGCUAAGAUGUCCAAGAUUGAGUUGCUGGAGGCAACUGAGAAGUCAGUGGGCCCACCAGAGAUGUUCGAGUACCACUGUGAGCUGAAAAACUUCCGCAACAAAGAACGAGAGCUGGAGAAUGUUGUCAAGGAGAAAACAAGCUUUCUAGAAAAGGCCAAACAGAGGAAUGAGAGGAACAAACACGACGUGAAUCGGUACUAUGAAAAGAAGAGGCACCUGGACGUGAUCGAGUUGCUCGAGAAGAAGAAGCCGUGGGUGGAGUAUGAGACCACCCGUAAAGAACUGGAGGGUGUGAAGAAGGAGCGAGAGGAGGCCAAAAAGCACCUUUCUAGCCUGAAGCAGGCCCAGGCCCCCAUGCUGAGGAAGAUCCAGCUGAUUGACAACAAGCUGAAGCCCAUUGAGGAACAAAUAAAGACUAAGACGGUUGCCAUCAAAAAUGCGUCCAUGAUAUGCAAACAGAAACAGGAUCAGCUGGAUCGAAAACACAAAGAGAUCGACGAUAUUAAACAGAAGCUGAGACUGAAGCAGAUGGAGGAGGAAGACCACCAGAAGCGAAUCAGCAACACAAAACGAACCAUUGAAGACUUGAAGGCCGAGCUCGCCAAAGUUGGCGACCAACCGGACGUGACUCCGCGAAUCAACGCCAUCAACGUUGAGUUGAGGCGCAUCCAGGAGGAGAAGGCCAAGAUCGAAGGGGAGAAGGCUGACCUCCGCAGGGAGAAGGACAACCUCCAUGCUGAGUGUAUAAGUUUGGAGAAGAAGCUCAAUGACAUGAACAACAUGAUGAAUGCCAAAGAGGAGAAGCUGCGAGGGCGCCACAGGGACACGCACACCGCCCUCCAGUGGCUCAGGCAGAACAGACGCAUGUUUGAAGGAAACGUCCAUGAGCCCAUGAUGCUGGUGAUCAACGUGAAGGACCAUCGCUUUGCCAAAUACGUGGAGAACCACAUCUCGUUUCACGACCUGCGGGCGUUUGUCUUCCAGAGGAAAGACGACAUGGAGAAGUUCAUGGUGGAGGUCCGUGACAAAAUGAACCUGAAGGUGAACUCCAUUUCUGCUCCAGAGGAAUCGUGUUCUCAGCGGGCGCCGUCCCGUAAUAUCGAGUCCCUACGACAUUUUGGGUUCUUCACCUACCUCCGUGAGAUGUUUGACGCCCCCGAAGAGGUGAUGAGUUACCUCUGUCACCAGUAUAAGGUGCAUGACGUACCGGUGGGCAACAAUCAGACCAAAGCUAUGAUUAAAACGGUGGUCGAGGAGCCCUACCUCAAGGUCUUAUACACGACAAACGAGAGGUACACCAUAAAGAGGUCCUUCUACUCCAACAAGAUAAGCACCAGUAACUCUGUAAUGCACCUCUCCCAGUACCUCACCAUCACUGUGGAUGCUGAGGAGAAACGGCAGCUGGAGCAGCAGAUUAGGGACUCUAGGACAAAGAUGCAAAACGCUGACGAGCGGAUGAAGGCCCUGCAGAAGGAAGUUGCUGCGCUGGAUCGCCGUGACAACGAACUGCUGGCAGAGAAGAAGCAGCUCUCUGAACAGAAGGGCAAAAGGAGACAACUGGAGCAGAAGAUCAGCACCAAACAGGACAGUCUGAGGCACAUGGAGCAGAAUGUUAUUGACCUGAACAGGAUUGAGGCGGAAACCAAAGAGAAAAUUGCGUCUGUCAACUCCCAGAAAGUGACCAUCGUCACGGCGUUCAUGGCCCAAAUUAAGCUGAGAGCCAAGCUGACCAUGGAGAAGGUGUAUCUGGGUUUGGAGACGGCCGGGUUGACGGCGGAGAAGGCCAAGCUGGAGAACGACUGUAGAGAAGGAGCCUCUGAACUGAAGGUCACUGAUCAAAGAUGCAGCCGUCUGGAUCAGACGAAGGUGCGGCUGACGGAACAAUGCAAAGGGCUGCUGAGGGGAGCGAAGGCGAUCUGCAGGAUGCAACCUGACGAGCAGUUACCCGAAGACCUGCGUAAUGCUUUCAGCAAACUGCCCGAUACGCCGGAUGAGAUCGAUGUCAUGCUGCAUGAGGAGCGGUCCAGGGCCGAGUGCUUCACUGGCCUCAGUGAAAGUGUCGUUGACGAGUACAACAGGAGAGAAGAGGAGAUCAAACAUCUGGAAAAGGAGCUGGGAGAUCAGUGCAAUGCCUUGACGGCUUACCGACAGAACAUAUCGGAGGCUAAGGAACGCUGGCUGAACCCUCUGAAGCAGCUGGUCGAACAGAUAAAUGUAAAGUUCAGCGAUUUCUUUCGCUCCAUGCAGUGCGCAGGAGAAGUGGAUCUGCACUCGGAGAAUGAGGAGGAGUACGACAAGUACGGGAUCCGUAUUCGGGUGAAGUUCCACAGCAGCACUCAGCUCCAUGAGCUGACGGCCCACCAUCAGAGCGGAGGAGAGCGCAGCGUCUCCACCAUGCUUUACCUGAUGGCCCUGCAGGAAAUCAACCGCUGCCCCUUCAGAGUGGUGGACGAGAUCAACCAGGGUAUGGAUCCUGUGAACGAGAGAAGAGUGUUUGACAUCGUGGUCCGCACAGCAUGCAAGGGGACAACGUCUCAGUACUUCUUCAUCACGCCAAAACUGCUGCAGAAUCUCCAGUACGCCGAGGAGAUGACCGUCCUCUGUGUCCAUAAUGGCGGCAACAUGCUUCCCCCCAACGAAUGGGACGAGGCGGCUUUCAUCAGGCGGCGUUGCAAAAGAAAAACCAGGACAUAGAUGCUCGAGAUCAACGCGAUGCGGCCGGUUCAAACAGUGAACCUUUAGCUUUUCAACUUCACAAACAAAUUUUUAUAAACCUUUGUGAGAAAACAUUGUGACUUUCUCCUGUCAAAACACCUUAACAUUCAGACAACUCCAGUAGUUUUUGUUUCAAAUGGGACAGGAGUCUGUAAAAUAUUAGUUUUUUUUUUCUUAAUGUCCUAUUUAUGUGUGUUGACUACAUGUUUAUAUAUUUGAAUAAAAUGCUCAGCUGGCUCUGCCCUA